UUCCAUACAUUCAUCAUCUAUUUCAGUUAUGAAUGUAUAUAUAUGACACACGGGAUGAAAUGAAAUACUGUCAGUCUCAUUAUGGUAUUAAAAUUCGAGUCACGGAUUUGCUCUUCAAGCCAAUUCAGAGUUAUCAUCAAGACUCAGUUCCCUUUUCAUGUAAAGCAAUGACGUAACGAAUUUGAAAUUAUACCAUCCCUGUGUGAAAUUGGAUCAUUGACGUAUAGUUUAUAGUGAAGUAGAUAAUAGUUAGAACGAACGUCAAAUGAAGCUAUCAUCUAGGAAGUUAGAGUUCACUUUCGACGUUCUGAUUGAGUCUCUGAGCGAUGUUCCGAGGCUCCAAGGAUCGAUUCAGUGCAAGUUACGGCUAUUGGGCGCCAAAAGAGGUGGGAUAUUGCUUGGACGCCGCUUGAAAGAGGACCCACGGAAAGUGAUUACAGAUCCGGUUAAGAUUGAGAAUCAUCAGGCACAGUUCAAUUCGAACCACUCGUUUGUAGUGCAGAUGUCGACAGAUGCGAAGUCUGUGCUGAGAUCACAGAUUAUGCGAGUGUCGGUGCGGUUUAUAGACACGAAUAACUCACAGAAGAAACUAGGAUUCAGUGACAUAGAUCUGGCGGAGUUGUCGCCUGGCGAGAACAGUCGGAAGCCCCUUUUGACUGGCUACAGGAACAGGAGCAACAGGAAGGAGAGACAGGAUAACUCCCGCAUCAUCCUACGCAUCAACAUGCGACUCACCAGGGGGGACCCUAUGAGUUUUAUCCCGGCUGGCACCGAGUAUAAUUCGUAUAGUGGCCAGCGCAACGUUAUCAAUGACAUACUCAAUCCAACGUUGGGAGGAGGGGUGGGGAAAACGACAGUAAGCGGAGGCGGGACAGGAACAGGAGGUGGCAAUAAUCUCGAAACAUCCACACUCCACUCGCAGCUCAACGCAUCAGAAGGAGGAGGUCAUCACUCUCGCAAUCCCUCGGCCAGCAUCGAUUUUUGUUCUUCUCUCCCUUCCUCCCAACAGCCGCCGCCGCCUCCUCCUUUCUCCUCAACUUCUUCUGCUCUUCUCAGUUCGGACCACAGACGCAGGGGACUGUCCUCCAACUCAAUCCACUCCAUGCGACCACCCUCUCUCGAUACAUCAAGCAUGUACAGCUACAGGGCCAACGACUACAAUUUCAGUUACAACACGACCUCCAUUGGGACCAUUGCCAACAGAAAUUCUGCAAUGGCAAAUAUGGAGCACUCGACACUCCCGGCAAAUAGCAACUCGGCUGCUUACCUGUUUCACCUCAGUGACCCGAAUGCGUCUUCGGCCUCGAACCCGAAUCUAACUCGGGGAUCACUCGUAAGCUCAACGUCAUCCGCAAAUCAGGUCUCGGAAAACCAAGGUGCAACUACAGGAAAGAGACUCGGAGACGUCGCCGAGGACUCAACCGAUUCGCUUGCGCCUACGAGAAGGAAUAACCGAGCGUUGGUUGACAGCUUGUUCAAUGAUUUCACGCCCUUAUCGCCUCGUAUGGAAUGAACUAAUCGUAACAAUUUUAUGCUACAAGUUGCCAAAUGUCCUUUAAAGAUAAGAAGCGUUAUACACUGUGCUCAGGCGAAACAGGCAAAUUAACUGUCCAAAUUUGCUGUGCUACAAUUUAAUUGCAGCCUAAUGAAUGAAUAAAAUCAACAUUUCUGGUUGUUGGUGGUUUGAAAAGAUGGUAUUGAUAAUUUAAAAUCUCAGUUACUGCGGCGGGCGGUCUUUGUGACUCGCUUCUAAUUGUGACAUAUCUAAAGCAGUUCUAACUUUUGAUGCAGUUAUUAAGUAGUUAAUUUGUAAGCACUUUUGUUUGCAUUUGUGUGCUAUUACUUCAAUCACAAGAAGUGUAUAAGUUAGAUUAGAAGAAGUUAAUUGAAUUUUGUUAAUUAAA